AUGUCGGCCCGCGCCAUACGGUACGUGGCCGCGACAAAGAAAUCCGCCAAAAAUACCCUGUACAUGCACUGCAACGUCAAACCGGGAGCGAGCAAGAACCGCGAGGGAGUCGUCUCCAUUGACGACGAGGCCGUCGACAUUUGUGUUUCCGCUCAGGCACGCGAAGGGGAAGCCAACAAAGCCGUGGUCAAGGUGUUGAGUGGAGUCCUCGACCUUCCCAAGUCCGACCUGCAGAUCAUCCAGGGACUCAAGUCGCGAAACAAGACCGUCGCCGUCGUCGGGUCCUGGGUCAACGCGGGGGAGGAAGAGUGUCUAAAUCGGGCGAGGCAGUACCUAGACCAAGCUAUGGAGAGCCCCUGA